AGGUGUUUGACGGGGCAGUCAUCGUGUUGUCCCUGGCCCCUAUGGUAGCCUCCACGGUAGCCAACGGCCCCAGCAGUCCCUGGGACGCCAUCAGCCUCAUCAUCACCCUGCGCAUCUGGAGAGUCAAGAGAAUCAUCGACGCCUAUGUGUUGCAGGUGAAGGUGGAGAUGGAGCUGGAGAUCCUGCAGUGUGAGAAGAUCAAGGCUGUCAGGGAGGAGCAGCUGGAACGACUCACACAGAUCUGCCAGGAGCAGGCAUUUGAGAUCAGACAGCUCCGGGCCCACCUGGCCCAGCAGGACUUGGACCUGGCUGCAGAGCAGGAGGCUGCUAUGCAGAUCCACCAUGUGUGGAGCAAACAGAGGAGCAGCUACCAGGUGGUGGAGAGCCAGGGCCCUGGGGAGUCUGACGAUGAGGGACAUGGAGUCCUCAGGGAGACCUCAGCAGAUCCUGUUGUCCAUCAUGACGACAUGAACAACUAUAUCAGCCAGUACUACAGUGAACAGAGUACUGACAUGGGGGGUCCUCGUGUCAUCACCACGUCAGCCAUCGAUGUCCACCUCCCCACGACCCAUUACCCCGCCCACAACAACCCUCUGCUGGGCGUGGAGCAAAUGAGUAGAGCUGUGAGUGACACUUCCACCAGCGUAUCACUGUCCAGUGGCAGUCUGACGGCCCGCCCCCAUAGCCUGAGCAGCCACACCCUGCGCUCGUCUACUACGGACUGCAGCAGCAACGCCACGGCCAGGGACUACCACACCCAGGCUAGGAACUACAAUGCUCAAACCAAGGCCCGGGGGCCUUAUCUGGACUACAAGUCCCAGAAGCAGACCCAGGACAGGGACUUUAACACCGAGCACUCCAACACCCAGGGCCAGCGCUGCUUCCCCCUGCCCUACUGCAGCCCUCUGGGCCUGGGUCUGACCUCAGCCCAGCCUCCCCUUCCACGGGACCCCAGCGUGGUAGUCCAGGAGCUGCUCUCGUCCCUGCCCUACUGCAGCCAUCUGGGCCUGGGUCUGACCUCAGCCCAGCCUCCCCUUCCACAGGACCCCAGCGUGGUAGUCCAGGAGCUGCUCUCCUCCCUGUCUGAGGAUUCCUGUCUGGCCCAGAAAGGCCUGGUGGACCCAGUUAACCUGAAGCUACCCAGUCCUGCCGGCUCAGCCAAGGCCAGCCCAAAGCUGGAGCACAGUAUCAACAUCUACAACUGGAAGAAUCAGGAGGAGAACCAGUACCAGAGCCAGGGCCAGAGACAGGGCCGAGCCGCAGCCACUGUGCUCCUACAGACUAAGCCUCUCAUCCACCUGCAGGGCGGCACUCCUGAGUCCUCUUUGGAGGAGAAGUAUAGGCUACUGGGCCCUGCUGAUGGUCCACUGGGCCGUCUGCCUGAUACAUAGGGUUGAUUCACACUACUGAGCUGAGCCAAGCCGAACCGAGCUGCAUUGUGCUGGCCUGGUUAUGCAUCCACCAUAGUUGUUUGAACAUUGCUGGAAAGGACAUGUGAAAAGAAUAUGUCAGAGCCAGCACUGGUUGGCUCGGGUCGGCACAACAGUGUGAAAAGGGCAAUAGUUCAUCCCAGAGGACAGAGCAUACAGCUCAAGACAGAACUGACUGACCUGGCUUCUCCAAAUCCCCAUGCUUCAAACAAAGUCAGAGCCUGGUCCAAGAUCAAACCUGGCGUUACAAAGACCAUCUGUUAGCAAGACAGCACAAACAGAUCUGGGGCUAGGCUACCGCUCUCAUGUUAGUCUUCCCUUCUCUGUGGGGCUCCGGACAGAGACAGACAGA